AUUUUAAUUGAACUGUGACUGCGACCUGUGCCUGUGACUGUGGCUGUGUGGCUUAGCGUUCCGUUCUUAGUAGUAGGCGGAACGAAGAAGUAAUAAUUAUUAUUUUAAGUAGUAAUAGUUGUUGUAUUUUGUAUUUGUAUUCGUAAGAUCGUAGAUCAUAGGUUUCGCUCCGGCUCAGUCAUAAUUUUGAGUUUUGACUCAGUGAAUUAGACUAUCCAAAAUUAUGAAGCUUCUUGGAAAAGUUCUCGUUCUAUUAUUGAUAGGAUGCAGCUUUACGCAGAAUUUUAUUGAACCUCUUGAACCUGUUGAUAUACAGAAAUUUCAUAUUGAUCCUAUUGAUACCAUUGAUCGUGGUUUUGGUAAUAGCAGCACUGGAGUAAUUGGAGUACUACUAAAUGCCAGUGAAUAUGGGAAAAGUAUUAAAUCUUUUUAUCAAUAUAUUUCAUCAUCACUCAUAGACAUGUGUCGCGAUCCUAGGUAUCCUGGGCUUAGACUAAAGAUAUUUGCGAUCCAUAAAGAAGUAUUUAAUGAAGCUGAUACCUGUAUCAAUAGCAUAUUAUAUGAUGUAGAAUUAACCGAGAGAGAAUUUUAUCGAGCUGUAUCCAUUGGUAGCCUCCAAACAUUUUUAAAGAAACUCUGCAAGGCUUGGCCAACAAUUUAUGACUGCAUUAAACCUGUCGUCAGUUACUAUAAGAGAUGUUUAACAAGAGAUCAAAAACUCAGUGUUGAUGAAGGACUUGCAUUCCUCAACGAGGAGAACAUUUUUUUCUGCGGGAACAAUACGCACCGUUUAUUGAAAUUAGUCAAUAUUGAGUCUACGCAAUGUUUUACCUUGGUGAGUAAGGAUCUUCAGAAAUGUCAAACUACCAUAGUCAACAAACUAGUACAAUUAACAAAACAAAGUCGCAACGCAAUGGGCUCUAUGACUUUUGAGGAAGAAUACGAGUUUUGUAGUGCCUUACACGAUCAACGUAAAUGCACCUCCUCGAUACUUGCCACAUGUAAUUCAACGGAUCCUUCCAAUAUCAUGGAUGACUAUAUGGCACUGAUACAACACAUAUUUUGCAGUUCAGCAUCAAGAUUAUCUUGGUUUGGUUUUGUUAAUCUUUUGUUAUUCGUAGGAAUAUAUUUAUAUUCUAAGAUGUUUUAAGCCAUUAUGGCAAUACAUAGCUAGUUUCACAAAUAGUUUUAAACAGCUUGUGGCUAAAUAAUAUGACUUUGUUUAUAUACAGUGUGUCCACGAUUGAGGUGCCCAAGAGGAAAAACUUUUUUAUUUUCAAUUUCAGCGAAAAAUGUCAUUCUUGAUAAAAAGUUUUGCUUGUUCUAAAACCCCAUAAAACGAACUAAAAUUCAAGGUUUUCAAAUCCUGCUUAAUUUUGUAGCCAAUUUUAUGCAAAUCCCUAUAAAUUUUUGCACUAAGUUCGAAAUCGUAACAAUAAUCUAGUGUUGCCAAGCCACAAUGCAGCUUAGUAACUGUCAACUCGGAUAAAUAAUUUGCGAAUUGUCAUUUUGUUCGACAAUGUUAAGCGUUCAAUAAAAAAAUUAUCUUGUGAUACAUUUCAUUAUUAAAAUUAUUGGAUUAAUAAUUAUUUAAUUAUUAAAUAAUUGGAUGUUUCAAGGAGAACGACAAAGUAUGGCUUCAUAAUCCAGAGAAGCGAAAGGGUUGUUCUCCCAAGUUAUUAUUGUUACAAUUUCGAACUUAGUGCAAAAAUUUAUAGGGAUCUACAUAAAAUUGUCUAUAAAAUUAAGCAGGAUUUGAAAAACUUGAAUUUUAUUUCAUUUUAUGGGGUUUUAGAACAAGCAAAACUUUUUAUCAAGAAUGACAUUUUUGGCUAAAAUUGAAAAUAAAAAAGUUUUUCCUUUUGGGCACCCCAUCCGUGGACACACUGUAUAUUUUGAUUAUAUUAAAAAUAUCUAAUGUUAGAGGUAAAAACUUAGUAUAAGUAUUUUGAUAACGCUAUUAAAAUAAGGUUUUAAAAUAUUUUAAGUAUUACAUAGAUAUUUGAUAUUAUAUAAGUAAUAUUUA